GCAUUUUGCCUAGACCGAUCAGAAAGCAAAAAAAGGAAUAACAUAUGGAGAGGAAAACCCCCUUCCUGUUUCAUUUCCCUCCUCUUUUGCAGAGAGAAAUAGCUCAGAAAAAGCUGCAGCAGAGGAGAGAUUGGCCAAGCUUGUAAGAGAAAUGGGUGAACAGGAAGCAUCAGCACCCAAAAUGAAGGAAGAAUCAGAAGAGAGGAAAGAAAUUCCUCCCGUUGUCCAAGAAAACACUACAGGAGUGUUCUUGUUCACGAAAGGCCCAGAUGAAAUGAAGGAAGAACCAAAGGAAGGAUCCCAAAAGAACUGGGAGUCACAUUGGCAGGAAUUCAUGAACACGGUGGAGUCUCGGUGCCACCAAACUGAUGGGUCAAGGCCACCUCAUCCUUGGCCGGAGGAGGACACAAAGGCAUUUCAGACCUCCUUGGAAGGAGCGGCUGAUGGCAUCUCUCAGUCAAGAGGAGAGAAUGUAGUCCAAAACCAUUGUAAUGAUGGCUCGGUGGCUGACGAAAGCCAGGUAUUUCACCUGAAAGUUAAGGAUGAGGAGGAUGAAGAAGAGGCGGAGCAAUUCAAUCUGUUGGGCUGCCAAAGUGCCAAUGGAUCUCAAGAGGAAGACACGGCUGAGCCAGCAGCUAGAGAAGGCCGUCACUCAGCAAGGCCUCCGCGCAGGAUUGCCUAUUGGAGCGGCAAGGAGAUCAAUGCUCUCCUGGAUUACAUCCUGCGGUGCCAGAAGCUGUAUGUGCAGAGGGUGAUGGCAAGCACCAACUUGCGCACCAGAAACGUGUGGAUCGGGGCUUCCAGGGCCAUGGCCUUACUUGGCCUGAACAGAACCCCUGACCAGUGCCACACUAAAUUUAAGGCAUUGAAAUCAGCGUUCUAUCGGGCCAUGGAACGCCACGGUGGAGUGGUGCCACGGAAGAUGCAGCCACCCUUCUUUGCGAAGCUCCACCAGCUCUGGGAGAUAGGAGGCAGGGCAGACUGGAGAGACCGGAGGCCUGUUGCAGAUGCAUAUGAUCUCAAGGGGGGAGCAGGAGAUUCCAGUCUGAGUGGAGAGGAAAGUGGUGAGGAGGAGAGGGGCCCCAUUGCUCCUGCGCCAGGGCAAGCACACCAUGCAGCUGAACAUGGAGCUGUCCAGGAAGCAGCUGGUCUGCGCCAACUACAGCGACAGCACAUGGCAUUGGAGCAGCGUGUGAGUGCGAUCGAGAACACAUUUUCCAGGCUACAGGCAAACAUUCAGGAACUCCUUGCCCGUCUCCCUGCGCUACCCCCCACCCUCUCCCCAAAACUAAACACACUAUCCUCCACCCUACCCAACUUGACACGGCAAUGUUAAAAUGUUUUGACAGAAAAGUUAAUUUGUUGUAAAUAAAUUUAUUACUUUUUCAAAAA